UUGAGAAAAGUGUAUGCGUUGCCAUGGAAAUAUUCAAUAUGGCCGUCGUAAUGUGUAAAGCAACGUCUUCUGUUUGGUUCGGAAAAUAAUGUAGAAAUCCCUUUUUGUGACAUGGACGAGUUUGAAUCUCUUAAAAAGAAACUGGAUAGUAUAUCGGCUACGGAAUCUGAUUUAAUUUUAAGGAAAGGGAAAGAGGAUGACUUUCCAGAAAGUUACAAGACCAAUACAGAGAAAGAAAAAAUGAUCUUAUCGUGCUGUGAAAACUUUCGUCGACAGUUUGUACACUUGUUUCGUGACAGAAAGCCGCUUCUCUUAUGUCCAAUGAAUGAAGCUGGAGUUCAGAAAUUUAUUUGCACCACGAUGCGGCCUACUCUACUGCCUUAUAAAGAGUUGUACGACUAUGAUAGUUGUGCACAAUUUGUUGCUGACUACAUCACAUUUGAAAUUCUGGAUCCCAUCAUUGACCUCCCAUCAGUCAUUGCUUCUCCUGCCACAACCAUCAAUCGUCAAAAAGGAAAUUGUUUCGAGAUGAGCAUCGUGUUGUGCUCUUUGUUGAUUGGUGCAGGGUACGAUGCUUACUGUGUAUGUGGCUAUGCUACACGAGAAAUUACAUUGAUGGAUCAAACUAGAGAUGCAUGUCCGCUGUUGAAGUUGGAGAAGAAGGAAGCACCAAAGGAAAAGAAAAAAGAACCUGGGAAAUACACGGUUAAACCACCAAAGGAUCUCGUCAGCAAAUUUGAAGCUAAGAUUGCUGCGAAGAUUAAAGAAGAAGAGGAUGCAUUGCAAAAGAAACUAAUGAACGAAGAAGCUGCAAAGAUCGCUGAACUAGAGAAGCCGCCACCUGAUAAGCUUCGUGGCCUUAGAUUCCAUUGUUGGGUACUGGUUUUGUCUGGAAAACGUGAGAUUCCAGAGAGUUUUUUUAUUGAAUCAACAACGGGUGAAUCGUAUCCUCUAAACUUUUCGGGAUAUCUUGGCGUGGAAAGUGUUUGGAACAACUUGAAUUGUUGGGUGAAUAUGCAAGAUUGUACAAAAGGUGUUAUGGAUAUGACUUAUGACCUUGGUGAUGCCGUUAAGUGGGAGUUCGUGUUUCCCAUUACAGAUAAACCAGUUCUUGGGCUACCUCACUUAGACGAUGGAAAUAUUUAUUUGGAUGACGAAGAGGAACAAGAUGAAUUGAAUAAUGAGUUUGAUCUGCCACCAUCUUGGGUGGAUGCCAUGUACAUAUCACCUCAAGAUUUCGAAUCUAGGUGUCCGAAGGGCAAACGAACGAUUCUGUAUAAGAAGGCUAAACAGGAAAUAUUUCCCGACUAUUCUAAGAAAGAUGGCCUGGUUAUGAAGCUUUCUUCAUACGCUGAUUACGAAUUAAAAGAACUUGUGGAGAUGGCAGAAGACUACAAACAUCGCGCAGACAAACUUGUAAGGAAGGUUUAUAAUCAUAAAACUGGUACAAUUACGGAAUAUUUCAGUCCUGGAAGACUUGAUUGCCUUAAAGAGCAUCGUUACCAAUCGUCUUCACCGGGUCAGGAGGCUGAUAGAACGAUGUACUUUUACUCAAGUGCGAGGAUUGAUGGACUGGAAAAACAAGAAGAGACCCCCACAGAAAUGAUGCAAAGCUACAGGACCAGGGACGAUUAUUUAUAUUACCGUCACGUGACAUUUAGUCCACGAACAAAGGAGUUUGGUCCAACUCAACAAAACCAUUACAGACAUGUUGUUAAAAUCAUCGAGAAGUUUCAUCGUAACCUUACAAAGAAAGCCGAUGAUGAUGUUGCUGAACGACUGUUCCUGUUGUCUGAAGAGAGAAUAAGUUUGGUAUUCCAUCUGGAGGAAGACAGAGUGACAGCUUCAACACGUGACUUUGUUAAACCUGCCUACACCGACGACAAAAAUGAUUCGUUUAUCAUGACGCCUGACAUGACGACGACAUUUCAGGUAGAUCCACUUGAGAAACCCAAGAAGAAUCUUACUGUGUACAAUAUGUUGCUGUCAUUAAUGAAGGCUGAAGAAGAAAGUAUCUCCCAGAUUAGAUCUAUGGAGGACGAGGUGAAAGAGAUUCUUAAAGACAGAGCGUUGGAAAUGACUUCUUGCCCAUUAACCAUCUCCGUCUACGAUACAGAACGAAACGAAAAGGCAAAAUUACACAGACAGGAACUUCAACGCAAGGCAGAGGAAGAGGCAAAGAAGAAACACGAAACGGAAAUGGAUUACCUCGCACCAUUUCUUGCACAGAUAGGUAACCCAAGUCAACUGAGUCGGGCUGAGGCGUAUAAACUGAAGGAGGAGUGUCUACAAGAUUUGAAGCAGAGAUUGAUCGAUAGAGCUAAUCUCAUUCAAGCUCGAUUCGAGAAGGAGACUCACGAACUACAGCAGAAACAAGCUUGGUAUCAACAAAAUCAGAUUUCAAUGACAAAAGAAGAUGAAGAUGACUAUUUAACAUAUUGCAGCGAAGCAAUGUUUAGAAUUCACAUACUGGAGCAAAGAUUGCAAAGACACAAAGAAAUGGCUCCACCAAAGUACAUGCAGCUGGAACACAAGUUACGCACAGACCCUCGUUUGGCAGACUACUUUUAAAGCGUUUUGCUCAUUUUUUAUUGUAAAAAUUAUAUUUAUUGUACAUUGUAAGCAUUUUUGUCAUUACAUGGACUUUGGAUUCAAAAGUUCCUGUCAGAAACAUUCAUUUACUGGAGGUUUCACCAAGCAUUUGUGUGCCAUUAUCUUUAAUCUAUUUUGUAGUAGAAAGCAAGUUUUGGAUUAAUGCAAAGCUGGACUAAAGAAAUAUGUUUUCCUUGA